GAAGCUGCAAGCCUCAUGUUUUCGUCCAGCCAAGAGGAACACUGCGCCCCCUCCAAAGACCCGGUUAAAUACGGCGAGCUGGUCGUUUUGGGGUACAAUGGCUCCCUGCCCAAUGGAGAUCGCGGUCGACGGAAAAGCAGAUUUGCGCUAUACAAGAGGACCAAAGCCAACGGCGUUAAGCCGAGUGCUGUGCACAUCCUCAACACACCGCAAGACAGCAAGGCUGUCAACUGCAAAGGCCGACACAGCAUCUCAUACACACUGUCCCGCAACCAGACAGUCGUGGUGGAGUACAGCUACGAUAAAGACAUUGACAUGUUUCAGAUCGGCCGUUCCACUGAGAGUCCAAUUGACUUUGUGGUGACAGACACUAUUGCGGGAGGCCAGGAGGGCGAGGAGACACCCAUCACACAGAGCACCAUCUCACGUUUCGCCUGCCGGGUCAUAUGUGAGCGCAACCCUCCCUACACGGCCCGUAUCUACGCAGCUGGAUUCGACUCGUCCAAGAAUAUCUUCCUCGGGGAAAAAGCUGCAAAGUGGAAGAACCCUGACGGUCACAUGGAUGGGCUGACAACCAACGGCGUGCUUGUGAUGCACCCCAAAGGAGGUUUCACAGAAGAGUCCAAACCUGGCGUGUGGCGGGAGAUUUCUGUGUGUGGGGAUGUUUACACCCUGAGAGAAACGCGCUCCGCGCAGACGCCGGGCAAACUGGUGGAGAACGAAAGUAACGUACUCCUGGAUGGCUCCCUGGUGGACUUAUGCGGCGCCACCUUGCUGUGGCGCACUGCCGAGGGUCUCUUUCACACUCCCACCCAAAAGCAUCUGGAGGCCCUACGGCAGGAGAUCAACGCGGCGCGGCCCCAGUGUCCCGUAGGUCUAAACACCCUGGCCUUUCCCAGCAUGCAACGCAGCCGAGCUCUGUCCUGUCUGGAGGACAAGCAGCCUUGGGUGUACUUGGCGUGCGGCCACGUGCACGGUUACCACAACUGGGGUCAUCGCUCGGAGCAGGAACCCAACACCCAGCGAGAGUGCCCCAUGUGCCGGAUGGUGGGCCCUUACGUUCCGCUCUGGCUGGGCUGCGAGCCCGCCUUCUACGUGGACACGGGCGCCCCCACUCAUGCCUUUGUGCCGUGCGGACACGUGUGCUCGGAGAAGUCCGUUAAGUACUGGUCGGAAAUCCCCCUGCCCCACGGCACCCACGCCUUCCACGCCGCUUGCCCCUUCUGCGCCACCCAGCUUAGCCUCGCUCAGGGCUGCUCCAAGCUCAUUUUCCAGGGCCCUGUGGACUGA